GAGGGGCUGGUUUGUUGACAGGAAGCGUGUAGAGCAGAAGUUUUCGGCGAAGAGUUGAUUUGGGAUCUAUCAAUGACAAAUGGGUCUCUUCUGGCGCUGUGUGGACUCAAAGUAUGCGUUUUAAGAACGAGCCGCGGCAAAGAUGCAAUGGCGGUCACUCGUAGUUGGUCUCGUGGUGCUUCGGCUGUCUGUUAGCUGUGUGUUGUGGCUUGCCUUCGGACCGGAGCACAGCGUUAGCUCGGACGUCAGCCGCCCCAAAGCAGAGCUCCUGUCCGGGAAUGAGGGGACCAGCGGCAGCACAUGUGCGAAGGUCGAAGGAGAGCUCCCGCAAAGAUCCUACCUGAGCUUCUUUGACGACCACACGGACGAUUACGUGAGGAGAUACAGCUCCUUCUCGGACGUGCUGAAAGCAGCUAUGAAGGAAAAGGCCAGAAGCAUGUUCUACUUCGGUUAUGAUAACUACAUGAAAUAUGCUUUCCCCAAGGACGAACUCAACCCAAUUGACUGCGAAGGGAGAGGCCCGGAUGUUCAGAACCCCUCAAACGUGAACAUAAAUGACGUUUUGGGGAACUACUCUCUCACACUCAUAGACUCCUUGGACACCCUGCUGGUGCUUGGCAAUGUGACCGAGUUCCAGAGUGCAGUCAAGUUGGUGAUUGACACGGUGUCCUUUGACAAGGACUCCACUGUGCAGGUUUUUGAGGCAAACAUCAGGAUCUUAGGAAGCCUUAUCUCAGCUCACAUUCUGCUAACGGAUCCCAAGCAUCCUUUUGGGAGGGUUGGCUUUGAUGGUUACAACAACCAGCUGUUGCACUUGGCUCAUGACUUGGCUGUUCGUCUUCUGCCGGCCUUUGAAAACACAGGCACAGGCAUUCCUUACCCCAGGGUAAACCUAAAAACCGGAGUCCCGUCCGGUAGCAUGAACGAGACGUGUACUGCAGGAGCCGGAUCUCUGCUUGUGGAGUUUGGAAUCCUGAGCCGCUUGACCGGAGAUUUCACUUUCGAGGAGGUUGCGCGACGAGCCGUCAGAUCGCUUUGGAAACUGAGGAACAAUCAGACAGGAUUGCUCGGAAACAUUGUUAACAUCCAAACCGGUCAGUGGGUGGGCCAGCAGAGUGGCCUCGGUGCCGGUAUGGACUCCUUCUACGAGUACUUGUUCAAGGCCUACAUCCUGUUUGGCGAGAAGGACGACUACAGAAUGUUCCAGGCAGCUUACGCCAGCAUACAUAACCACCUGAGGAGAGGGCGGGAGUCGUGCAACGAAGGAGAAGGCGACCCGCCCAUGUACGUGAACGUGAACAUGAUGAGUGGCGAAAUCAUGAACACUUGGAUCGAUUCCUUGCAAGCCUUCUUUCCUGGGCUGCAGGUUUUAAAUGGUGAUGUAGAAAAUGCAAUUUGCCUCCACGCCUUCUACUAUGCAAUUUGGAAGCGCUUUGGAGCUUUGCCAGAAAGGUACAACUGGCAGCGGAAGGCUGCGGAUGUCCUCUUUUACCCGCUGAGACCUGAGCUGGCUGAAUCCACCUACCUGCUUUACCAGGCAACCAAGAACCCUUUCUACUUGCACGUUGGUAUGGAUAUUAUUCAGAGCCUUGACAAAAAUACCAAAGUCAGAUGUGGGUACGCCACCCUUCAUCACGUUGUGCACAAAUCCAAAGAGGACCGCAUGGAGAGUUUCUUCCUCAGCGAGACCUGCAAAUAUCUUUUUCUGCUUUUUGACGAGGACAACCCGCUUCACAAGUUGGGCAACAAGUACAUCUUUACAACAGAAGGUCACCUGAUGCCUGUUGACAAGCGCUUCCGGGAGAAUCGAUGGAAGGACAGAAGUCCAUGUGAAGACAAAGACAUGCCAGUGGAGAAGCUGUUUAACGAGCAGCUCGUCCAGAACGCCAGCAAUUGCAACAGGAUCCCAGAGGCGCGACGCUACACGCUGCCCCUGAAGAGCGUCUACAUGAGGCAGAUCGAUCACAUGGUCGGCCUGCACUGACAGCGUGGUGAUGUCGCUGCGCGCAAACACACACACUCGAAUGCGUAUACACUUACACUACACAUUAAUACACGUGCAUACUGUGAGUAUAUUUGCUGAGGAUCCAGACUGAGUUAAAACACCGGGACCAUUUAUUUUACUGUUUAGGUUGUUUGAGUAUUUGGAGUGUACGCGUAUGCUUGGAAGUGUGUGUGUGUGUGUGUGUUUGUUUGUUUGUUUGUUUGUUUUUUUUGUGUGUGUGUGUGUGUGUGUGUGUGUGUGUGUGUGUGUGUGUGUGUGUGUGUGUGUUAGUGCGCGAGUGAAUUAGGGUAACCGUGUCGUCCUCCUGUACAACAAAUGGCGUCAUGUGUUGUUUAGUGCCUUGCUCGUAUCCCGAGGGCUUCAUCACAGGGACACUAGUGCAGUGUGUGCAAGUUUUAAAGUGGGCUUGUUUAUUCACAUUUAUGGAUCGUAACUGUACAAAAGUGUGAUCAUGAGAGUAAGAGACCCGUCACUCAUGCUCUUAAAGUGCCUUUUUUUAAAAAAACGUAGCUUCAGGAGGUCUUAACACUUUUUAAAUCGUGUUGCUCAAGUCAGUCGGUCCGUGUGCGUGUGCGCGUGUGUGCACGCGCGUGUACGAGUGUGUGUGUUUGUGUGGUUUCACUUGUUUACAACUAAAUCAAGCCAUCAAUUUUCUUGUCUUCUUUUUGUCCAAAUUUUUUCCAAAAGGAACAAGUAAAUUGACAGAUUUUAUUUGACUUGAUUGCACUUCUUCAUACCUGCUGAUCAUCUCAGGGUUUAAAGCAAAAACAAAUGAAAGAACAAUUUCACAAAGACAAUGUGUGUAGAAUAAUGAUUGCCUACAAUGCCAGCAGGUAUUUUUUUUUUUCAUUGCAAAGCUUGUGCGUUUAUUUGAUGAUUAAAAUUUUAAUUACUGAUAA